UGAAUUAAUUACAUUGUUACUCCUCGCGAACUACAGUAAACCUUCAAACAAUUAAAAUGUCGGAUUCCGAGCUGUCAAUCCGUUCACGAAGCCCGUCACCGCUGCCGAAAAAGAAAAGCACAAAACAUAACAAAAACAUUGACGCUUCUUCUUCUUGGUGUGAAAUUGAUCGAGCUACACCUCAACCGCAACCCUCACCUAGACGAAAGACGAGUGCUGCAAGCACAAGUGAAUCAGCAGGAAAGCGCAGGAAAACGACAACAAGCGCGAGCAAGAAAAUUGGAACGGAUAUAUUCCAAAUUAUUAACCAGGAGGAAAAAUGUGCACCUGCUUCCUCCGCAAAGUCUACUACAUCAUCGUUCGGUAGCCGCGUAUCAUCUGGUACAUCACGUCGCACUGCUGUAAGACCAGGUGACUUUUUUAUUGACCUGAAGAUCUAUAAAAUAGAAGACGUGCAAAACGAGACAGAUCCUUUAGAACGAUACAAAAAGGCAUUAGUAACAGUUAGACUUCAAUGUGAAACAAAAUCCGUGGAAUGGGAAAAGGCACAAGCAUUCCUUGGUACUGCGUACGAAAUUUUUAAAGAUUCCGAGACCACCUAUUUCCAAAACACUGUAAAAAAAUAGAAAGUGUAUGGUUAGUCAUAGUUUUUCAUAAAUUGUUUUAACUAUUGUGUAUUGGGUUCAUUCCGAUUUUUUUUAAGUGUAGUUUUUCCAAAAGCAGAACUCAGAUGAAAGCGGAUACGGAGUAACUUACGGGGUUAGCUUACUUUCGUAAUCAACCCAAUACACCGUAAUUGUUUUUCUUUUUCAUAAUGCCGUUUUGUGUAUCGUGUAGCACAACUGUAGAGAAAAAAUCAUGGGUAGGUCAUUUGCGUAGUAAUAAACAUAAAACAAAAAGUAAUUCCAUUCAGGAAAUCUGUGACGGUGUAGAUUUGAUUCAGUCAGCAUUCCGUAAUCGCAUUGCAACUUAUAGAAUUUCAGCUCAUAAUGAUCAAAUCUCAUGUUCUAUAGACAUAUUCUUGAAUUCGAUUCGAGAUCAAAUUAAACUACUUUUUAAUAAAUCGCUUCAGAAGCAUACGUGCAUAAAAGUAAAUGUUGAACUCUUUGGAAUGUUUAUGCUAUUUAAAAAUAACACACAAUCCAUGAAAUCUUUCGGUACGAAAAAUAAAGUUUUGUACCAAAGUUAUGAUUUUGAGCGUUAUUAUGAUGAAGUUAUAAAUAGUUUAAAAAAAAAAGUGGACGAGUUUCAAGAGCGUGAUAGCGGGUGGACAUUUUUACAUAAUUCUCAUUUAGAAAUCAAUAUAAAUAAAUUUCAACCAUUGCACGGUUCAAGCUUUAUUGAAAUACCAAAAUUUAUUCGAAAUAAAAAAGCAUGUGUAAAUAUUCAGAACAAAGAUCAAUGUUGUUUUGCUUGGUGCGUAACUGCUGCUUUAUUUCCUGCUAAAAAUCAUCCGGAACGAGUAUCAUCUUAUCCUCAUUUUGACAACGUAUUAAAUACUCAAGGUCUAUCUUUUCCGAUGACAUUAUCAGAUAUUAAAAUAUUUGAAAAAUACAAUCCAUCCCUUGCGUUUAUUGUUUUCGGAUUAAAAGAAAAAACAAUAGUCGGGCCUCUUUAUAAUUCAGAAAAUCAUACUAGAAAGAAAACUAUACACCUUCUGUUAUUAGAAAACGGAAUCAGUUCACAUUUUUGUUUGAUCAAAGAUUUAAGUCGUCUUGUAAGAAGCCAAAUAACUGCUCACCAUGGAAAAAUAUACUUUUGUGAAACGUGUUUAGUAUUUUUCUCUAAAGAAGAUCAACUAGCUAACCAUUUGUGUAGUGGUAUAGUCACUGAGCUUCCAGAAAAGGGAACAGUGAUUAAAUUUAAAAACUAUGAGCGUAAGCAAAAUAUGCCAUUUGUAAUUUAUGCUGAUUUUGAGUCAAUAUUGCCUCGAGCAAGUGAAUGCCAUUGCGGAACUGACUGUACUUUACAUAGCAGCGAUAAUACAGAGACUUUGCAACAUCAUACGCCUGCCGCGUUUGCGUAUUAUGUCGUGUGUUCGGUUGAUUCAGCUUAUAAUCGAUAUGUUACAUAUCGCGGUUUUGAUUGUGUUGAUAAAUUCGUAGAUUUGAUCUAUAAAGAUAUCGCGGAAAUCAAAAAAAUAUUGGAUGCAAAUACCCCGAUGCAAUUCAACCCUAGCGAUGAAAUAAGUUUCAAUAGUGCCACGCGAUGUCAUAUAUGCAAUAAUUUCUUGUUUUCCGAUAAAGUUAGAGAUCAUUGUCAUAUUUCUGGUUGUUACCGUGGCGCAGCCCACAGUUAUUGCAAUUUGCGAUUUAAAACACCUUCUUUUGUACCAAUUUAUUUUCACAAUUUGUCUGGAUACGAUGCGCAUUUAUUUAUGAAAAAGUUAGGAGUGGCGCGCGGUACGAUGAAAUUAGUAGCGAAAACUAAGGAAAACUAUGUUUCCUUCACGAAGUUUAUUCCAAUUGAGGAUGAUUUUUUUCAGCUACGUUUUGUAGACUCUUUUAAAUUUUUGGGUACCAGUUUAGAAAAAUUAGUAAAUACUAUGAAAAGAGAAGAUUUUGUACAUUUGCGACGUUUUUUCCCAAAAUCAAAUCAAUUUCAAUUGCUCACACGUAAAGGUGUUUAUCCUUACGAAUACAUGAAUGAUUGGGAGCGUUAUAACGAACAAUGUCUUCCACCUGAAAAGUGUUUCUACAGUUCUCUUUCGAACGAAAAUGUUUCUCACGAAGACUAUGAGCAUGCAUGUUUAGUGUGGAAAGAGUUUAAUAUCGAAAAUUUAGGUGAAUACACUGAUCUGUACCUCAAGACAGAUGUCCUUCUGUUAGCUGAUAUUUACGAAAAAUUUAGAGAUACUUGUAGAAAAAACUAUAGUUUGGAUCCUGCUUAUUAUCUGACAGCGCCUAGCUUAACAUUUGAUGCAAUGUUGUUAAUAACUGGUGUUGAAUUGGAGCUGAUUGAUGAUUUUAAUAUGUUAUCAAUGAUUCAAAACGGAAUUAGGGGUGGUGUCUGUCUGUGUCCUCACAGACAAGCUAAAGCUAAUAACAAAUAUAUACCAGGUUACAACCCUUCACAACCCGAUUCAUAUGUUAUAUACAUAGACUGCAACAAUUUAUAUGGGUACAGCAUGUGCCAGUACUUACCGUUGUCAAACUUUAGGUUUUUAGAACAGCAUGAAAUAGACGCAUUAGAUAUAACUCAAGUCCCUAACGAAGCUAAGUAUGGUUUUAUACUAGAAGUCGACUUGAUUUACCCAAAAGAUCUGCACAAAGAACACAACGACUUGCCUUUUUGUCCUGAAAAAUGUAUACCACCAGGAGGAAAAUCUAGCAAACUUGUACCUAAUUUAUACGACAAAUACUUUUAUGUUAUUCAUUAUGUGCAUUUAAAAACCUGUCUUAAACAUGGGUUAAAAAUAAAAAAAGUACAUAGAGUGAUCACAUUUAUGCAAGAUUCUUAUUUACAACAGUACAUCGAUCUUAAUACGAAGUUACGUCAAAAAGCUAGCUCGAAAUUUGAACAAGACCUAUUUAAGGUUAUGAUUAACUCUUUGUUUGGUAAAACAUUAGAAAACAAUUAUAAAAAAGUCAACGUUCAAUUAGUAAAUCAGUGGAAUGAUAUUACAAAUUUAACUAAAAAGAAAACAUCGGCUGCAGAAUUAAUCGCACGUCCUAAUUUUCAUAGCAUAUCGAUUUUUAGUGAUAAUUUGGUUGCGGUACAGAUGAGCAGUGAUCACGUAAUGUUGGAUAAACCGAUUUAUAUUGGUUUCACGGUUCUAGAACUAUCAAAAAGCCACAUGUAUGACUUUCACUAUUCAGUGUUCAAACCCAUGUAUGGAAAUCGAUUACAGUUGUGCUAUACAGAUACAGAUAGUUACAUUUACCACAUACAGACUAAGAACUAUUACAAUGACUUAAAAACAUCUCUAUUACCUUAUUUUGAUACUAGUAAUUAUAGUAUCGAUAAUGUACAUCGCUUACCGAUUCAGAACAAGAAAGUUCCAGGUCUGUUCAAGGACGAAUUGGAUGGGAAGUAUAUUAUCGAAUUUGUAGGCCUUCGAUCUAAGCUUUAUUGUGUUAAAACUAACGAAGAUGUUAUACAAAAAGCUAAAGGCGUAAGCAAGUCGGUUAUACGUGAAUUUGGUAUUAGACAUUAUGAGAAAUCAUUGAUUAGAGGUGAUGUUAUUAAAAAGAAAAAUAUUUUAUUCAGAUCGAUAAAACAUGAAAUAUUUACACAAAGUGUUAAUAAAAUUAUAUUAUCUGCUAAUGAUGACAAACGAAUGAUUUCUGAUGAUAAAAUAUCUACCCGAGCUUGGGGGCACACCUCAAUACUUAAUAUUUAAAAAUCUUAAAGCUAUGUUAUCACGAUUUCUAUCACCAUAUUAUUACUUUGUAUAAUUAACUUAAGAUGCUUUAGAGAGUUAAUAUUAACUGUAUUGUACUUAUUCUGUAACUUUAAACAUUAUAUGCUCCAACAUAAUUUCAUGCUUAUCUGAUUUGAAAUGUUUGUAGUUGUACAUAUUAUUGGUUUGUUAAUAAACGUAACAUUAUCUUUGUAUAGUGGUAAAUGAUACACACUAAUUGAGAAAAUGUAAUUUAUGGAAAUAAACAUAAACUUAGAA